AUGGCUUCUGGUGAAAUAAUUAUUAAAGCACAAAGUUUGGGUGAUGCCAAAAAGGAAGCAUUCAAAUUGAUAGGCGAGCCAUCAGAUGAUAUUCAAGUUUAUUGGGGAAAACAAAAUUGGAAUAGUCAAUAUGUUACAGGAUUUGAAUGUGGUAGUUCACAAGGACGUAAACUUUUCAGAUUUGAUUAUGAUAAAAACGUUGGAAUACAUAUCAAUGUGGAAACUGGAAAACAUAAUCAACGUCAAAAAUAUUCUAUUCGAUUUCCUGGUACAGAAGAAGAUUAUUAUAAGAUUGUAACAAGACUAACUAAACCUGAUAAUAAGAAUGGCAAAGAAAUAUACGCAAACAUUAGAAGCCUUCCUGAAAAUUGUCCGAUAUGA